AUGGCUGGGUUUCUUAAGCGUAUUCAACUUCUUCUGGUUCUGAAGGGAAUGAAGGUAGAGGCAGAUGUUGGCGCAACAGUAAAACGUGGCCUCAUGCAAGAUGCUUCCAUUCUUCCAUUUGCAGUCAUCAUUGUCAGGUCUCAGACAAUGCAAUCUCAGGACAAUGUGCUUUCUUUUUCAAGAAAUGCAAAUGCAAAUACUGCGAUGAACCACUCUGAAUCUAUCUGCAUAAUCGUCUAA